GUCUAAAUUGUAGACGCAGCGCACCGCUCGCCCUGGGGUCACCACCGAAGCUUCCUGGUGGAGCCCUGCUCUGCUGAGGUCGCUCUUCCAGCACGGAACUCACCACCAAAAAGAGACGGCGCCCAGCUGGCGCCCGCCCCGGGCACAUUGCAGUAAAUGCCUGGCAGCGACUUCUCGCUUCUCACUCCUCCUACCCCAUCGACCCUCUGCUGCCGACCUUUACGCCAAACUCCGGCGCGCCGCGAGACUCGCGUCCUCGCGGUCCCCGAGGGGCCCCACCCCUUCCCGGUUCUAACCUGCGACCUGGCCAGAGGCAAGGUGAAUGGGAAGAUGGAGAUGGAUGUUGAGGGAGUUUCUCCGCGCCCGGAGCCCAUCCCCCGCUCCCAGGGGGUUGGCGGAGCCUGCCAGGCGCCGCCACAGCCGCCCCAGCCCCAGCCGCCGCCGCAGCCGCUGGCUCAGGAUGAACUGCCCGGCGAGAGUGCCGGAGCUGAGGACAGCGACGAUCCCGAGACGAGACCCAACGGCGAGAAAGGAGAGAGCAAGAGAACGUCAGCCAAGUCUUCAGGUGCUCCUUCCUAUAGCAGAUGGUCCAGUUCACAGCCACAUCAGUCUAGCUCUACAGUGAGAGCCUAUCAAACUAGUAAGUCACGAGUGACCAUGAGCCCUGGCUUCAGCUCCCAGUGGAACAGCAGCCAGCCAGCCUGGAAUACCUACUCCUUUCCAAGAGCAAGCCUGCACUACCAGUCCCAUGCCAGCUAUACCUACUGUACUGGACACCCUGCUAACACAUGCACAGGACUCCCAGAAAAUGAAAGACCUUUGAAAGUGAAUCACACAUGCCUCUCAUAG